CUGAUAGGUGGCACUGAUGGGCAUUACUGAUGGUCACUGAAAGGCAGCAUAGUGCCAUAGCACUGAUAGGCGGCACUGACUGGCGGCACUAAUUGGCACCACUGAUAGGUGGCACUGAUAGUUGGAACUGAAAUGCAGCUCAGAUGGGCACUGAUAUGUGGCAUUGAUGGACACUGACAGGUGGCACCGCUGGGGAUACACUGAUCAUCAGGGCAUACUGAUCAUCAGUGCCCUAAUGAUCAGUGAGAGGAAUGCAGAUAACCGGCAUUUCCAAAUUUACACGCGAUCAGCUGUGAUUGGACACAGCUGAU